AUGUCCAGUCGUGGUAAAAGUGGAAAAUCAAGGGUCAAGGGAAAAUCCCGUUCGGCUAGAGCAGGUCUCCAUUUUCCUGUCAGUCGUAUUCAUAGACUUCUGAGAAAAGGCAAUUUUGCGGAACGUGUUGGUGCCGGCGCUCCUGUUUAUCUGGCAGCAGUUAUGGAAUACCUAGCCGCUGAAGUUAUGGAAUUAACUGGUAAUGCAGCACGAGAUAAUAAAAGAUCGAGGAUCAUUCCACGACAUGUGCAACUUGCUGUUCGCAAUGACGAAGAAUUGAAUAAGCUAUUAGUUGGAGUCACUAUUAGUCAAGGAGGCGUUCUACCGAAUAUUCAAGCGGCACUCUUGCCAAAGAAGACAGACAAGAAGACUUAA